AUGAAGCUUUCCUCCGCUGUCAUUCUUCUCUCUGUCUUUGCUCUUCCUACUUUUGCGACGCAGGUCGAGGUGACCUACGACACCUUCUAUGACAAUCCAACCACUUCCCUCUCCGAAGUCGCUUGCUCUAACGGCUACACCACUUUCAACUCUCUUCCGUCUUUUCCCAGAAUUGGGGGUAUUCCCAACUGCACUUGGAAUUCGCCUCUGUGUGGUACCUGCUGGAACUUGCAGUACACCACUCCCACUGGGACACAUGAGAGCAUCUACAUCACCGCUGUCGAUGCAGCGUAUACAUUCAAUCUGUCCCUUGAGGCAUUUAACGAGUUGACGGACAACACUGGUGUUGCUGCGGGCAAGGUCACUGCUACCGCCACCCAGGUAGACACGAACUUCUGUGACAUGUAA